GUUUGAUCCAACAUUAUUCCGUACCAGCGAUAUCGAGACUCUGAUACGCAUCGGAUCACUUGUUCACGACUCUUCCGAGCGCAAAUCGUACCUUAAUUCGCACUUGGCAAUGGCCCAAACGCCUCAUGCCUUGCUGAAGAGUUCAGACGUCGACGUAUAGCACUCUUGGCUUCGAGUAUCUUGGCUUCUGCUCUCGUCGACAUAUAAGCCAUCCUUCCCGCCGCGAAUAUCGGGCAUUCUUCUUUCUUCUCCAUCCACACGCAUUUAAGUCUCUUCAUCCAGUCCGAUCUCACUCAUUCCCUUCAUUCAUUCUCUUCAGAGGUGAGUCUCAUCGCAAGACCAGAUGAACAGAAUACCAUACUAACCAAUAACCAGCUGUGCUCUUUGUUCUCUUCACUCCUUUCAGGUCGUUUACAAACAAAACCAAAACCACUCUUUACAGGAACAAUCAAGAGCUGUGCUCUCUUCAAACAUAAUACAUUUUUAAUCAAACUCCCCAAUCCGCCAACCAGCCAAAAUGCGUUUCUCAACCAUCAUCCUCUCCACCCUCACCGCCUUGGCCGCCGCGGCACCCGUUGCCGACACCCUGGAACCCCGCCAGGGCAACGGUAACAACAACAACAACAAGAACAACAUCGACCUCGCAAACCUCAACAACCUCCAAGGCUUCCGCAACCUCGACCUAAACUACCUCCUCGCCCUCAACAACCUCAACCUCCAGGGGCUCGGCCAGCUGGGCCAGGUCAACAACCUCAACCUCGCCGCCUUCCAGAACCUCUUCGCCGCCCAAAACUUUGACCUCAACGCCCUGCUGCAGCUGCAGCAGCUGUCCACCGUGCUGGCGAUCCAGCAGCAGGGCGUGUUUGGCAACGUCAACCUGGCGCAGCUGAAUCUCGGCGGGCUCAACUUGGGGCUCAUUGGCGGGGUCGGGCAGGUGAACUUGGGACAGUUUAUCGAUCAGGGCUUGGUUGGGCAGAUUAACCAGGUCGUUCAGCAGUCUUCUGUCGUCGUCGUUGCAAAAUAAGCACUCUACGUCUGUCCUCUAGGACUAGGUGAUGUAAUGCAUUCAUGAAAUGGGCUACGGGUUGCCACAUUUGGGACACGGUGUUUCAAUCUGUUUUUCUAUCUCUCUUAAUGACUGGCGCAUGAACUUUUCUUGAUUCUACAAACUGAAGGGGGACUG